CACCGUUCAAGAUCCGUCCUCGCCGCCAUGUUCGGUUCAUCGUUCUCAGGCUUCGGCCUGAAGAAUAUCCUGAUUACUGGAGUGUUGCUCUUGUGCCCAUCUUCCUCGGUUUCCGCGAAGAGCUCAAACCAAUGGAUCGAUAUCUGGGGCUCCAUGCCGCAGCUUGUUGAGUCUGAAAACCUUCCUCCAGCUCCAUAUAACGGCGGAGACACAGUCUUCAAAAACGCCACCCUGCGCCAGACAGUCUACAUCACUCAAGAUGCCUCGACCAUCCGGUUGAGCUUCAGCAACGCCUUCGGCGGCUCUGAGCUGCCUAUCACCGCAGUCACCGUCGCACUGCCCGCAUCUAGAGCAGGGGCCGGCUCCGGCGCUAUCAAGCCCGGGACCAUCAAGACCGUCACAUUCUCAGGAGGCCACCCAGACUUUCUCGUUCCCAACGGCGCCGUGGUCGUCUCGGACCCCAUCAAGUUUCAAGUCAAGGCCCAGUCCGUCCUGACCAUCACGCUCUACCUCGCCUCCGGCCAGGCCGGCCAGUCCAUCACUGGACACCCCGGCAGCCGCACAACCAGCUGGCUUGCGCAGGGCAACCUCGUCUCUGCUGCCAACUUGUCCUCCACCGCUGGAGUAGCAAGCACUGACCACUGGUAUUUUCUCUCCUCCAUCGAGGCCUACCAGCCCGAGCGUGCCUCCGCCCUCUACCUUGUGGGCGACUCCAUCACCGACGGCCGCGGAUCCACCACCAAUGCCAACAACCGCUGGCCGGACCAGCUUCUCGCUCGCCUUCAAAAAGCCGGUCGUUCGCUGUCAUCGAUCUCCGUCAUUAACCAAGCCGCCGGCGGGAACCGCGUCCUAGCCGACGGUCUCGGUCCCAACGCCCUCGGCCGCAUCGAGCGCGACGUUCUCGCCCGCCCUGGUUCCGGGGUUCGCUACGCGCUCAUCUUUGAGGGGGUAAACGACAUCGGUACCGCACCCCUCGAUCAGGUCGCCCAACAAUCCGUCGGCGACCGACUGAUCUCUGCCUACGAGCAGAUGAUCACUCGCCUACACUCCCACGGGAUCGCGGCGUUCGGGGCAACCAUUACGCCUAUGAGCGGGCCGGGACAGGCGUAUGGUGAGCCGGAGAGGGAGAAGACGAGACUAAGGGUCAAUGAGUGGAUUCGGAGGAGUGGGAGGUUUGAUGCGGUAGUGGACUUUGAUAUGGCUGUGAGGGAUCGGGGAAAUAAGACGAUGCUGGAUAAGAGGUGGGAUAGUGGGGAUCAUUUGCAUUUGAAUCCGGAGGGGUAUCGGGUAAUGGCAGAGGCGGUGGAUUUGGAGAUUUUUGAGAGGUUUGCUGAUGGGGUGGAUAGGUAUUUGUAGAGUUGUUGGCGAGUGGUGGGUCGGUAGGCAGUAGUUGGAGAGGUUCAUUGGUGAUCGGAAUUUGUUCAUGCUUUCGUCAUCAUUGCACCGGUCGCUUGGACUGGAAUAUCCGGUCUAGGCCAGCGUAUAGAGUUCAUUUGUGUGAAAUGGGCGUCCUUGAUGUAUAUCAGGCUUCUUCCUGCCGUGGUUUCAAUUUUCCUUUCUUUUUGUUGGAGUGUCAUCGUCAAAAGUUGAGUUUGAACGCUGCCGAUGUUGUGUGCCUUUUGGAUGGUCCAAAGCACCUCGAGGAGUGAUCUAGACCAGAGUUCAGAGAUUGAAAAAAAAAAAAAAAAUAAAAAAAAUAAAAAAAAAAAAAUUUAAA